UUGACCGUGCAGAGAUCUCUGCUCCCUGGAUUAGAACAAGCCUGUGCUUGUUCAUUACACAAGUAUUCAGGAUCUGCUUCUCCCAAGGGCAUUUAAAACACAUGAAGGUGGUGUUGCGUAAAAAGCAAGCUCUUGUGUUCAGCAAAUAUAACCGAGUGAGCAGAGACAGCGUCACUCACUCGCCGAGAGGGGAGCUGGACGUCCUGCUGUCUCCAGUGGAAUACAAGCAAUGGAUAUUGAGAAGGUCAACUCCAUGGACUUUGGAGAAUUUGUGGAUGUGUUUGGGAAUGUCAUUGAAAGAUGUCCUCUGAUUGCAGCUGCUGUUUGGUCCCAGCGACCAUUCUCUGAUUUGGAAGAUUUAAAGAAGCACUUUUUUGCCUUUAUUGAUGCCCUUCCACAGUCAGAUCCCACGUCUAUUCCCGGCGCCGGAGCCGGACAACCGCUUUACUGGGAUCCAGAGACAGGCCAGGAGGGCAUCCUGCGCUGCCACCCGGACCUGGCGGGCAGCGAGCUGCGGCGGGGCACGCUCACGGCCGAGUCGCAGCGGGAACAGAGCGCCGCGGGCCUGACGAGCCUGGGCGCGGACGAGCGGCUCCGGCUGGCGGAGCUCAAUGCGCAGUACCGCGCGCGCUUCGGCUUCCCCUUCGUGCUGGCCGCGCGCUUCAGCGACCGGGCGGCGGUGUCGCGUGAGCUGGCGCGCCGUCUGCUCUGCCCGUCCGCGCAGGAGCUGCGCACCGCUCUGGGCGAGGUGAAGAAGAUCGGCAGCCUGCGCCUGGCCGACCUCCUCCGCGCCGACCCCGCCAAGCCGUAGCUGCCGCGCGGGCCAGGGACCAGGGAGGCACAACCGGACGCGUGGGGGCCACGGCCUGGAGCUGUGCGUCCUGGGCGGGAGGCGGACUCGGGCCUGGAACAGCGUUCAUACACGUGCACAAAGGAAGUGGAGAAUUGAGGCAAUCAUACGAGUAAUGAGUCCUUUUGUCCACCCACCCACACGCGCACGCGUUGCCGAAAUAUCCAUAUUGUUUAGUGCUUUGCCCCGGAUUUAUCCAGCUCACUGCUUCAAUUCUUCACUCCCUUUGCGGCCCCCGACACCACCGGCCUUUGUGGAUUCCAAAGCGUUUAUCCAGUUCUCCCCAACCCUCUCCUGCUAAGCCCGAACUGCAAAGCAAAACGGACGGAAAAGGAAUCUUUUAUGCCACA